UGCGGCAGCCUGGAAGUCGGGAUGUUAGGUGGAUUGACUCCAACAAAUGCCUCCGUUAUGUAAUGCAGAUUCGGAGAGGUCGCUGAAUCGAUGUACGGCUAUAUUACUGUGGCUAAAUUGACGGCAUACUGGUUGGUAGGCUAACGUCCACGGCUCACAAGAUGAUACCAUGCUGCUCUGUUUACAGAAACCAUGGCUGGCACACUCCGGAAGAUUGUUUGGGUUUGGAGUGCGUAGUGCCCAGAUGGGCCGACCCGGAACGACUUCGUACUGCAAGUGUUGUAGACGCCAACUCAUGUUGACCGGUUCCAACGAAAGGCAAAUAAUAGGCGCACUUGACGAGCAAGAGGCUCCCUCACGGGAGUAACUUGAGGCUAGCAGUCCUCUUCUCUUGCCGCAGAAGAUGUAUCAUACUCAAAAGCGACCCGACACAUUAGAGCUACUAUGUCGUCUUAUGUACCAGUCCGAUGACUCAGG